AUGUCACGAGAAGAGCUGUUGGUCUUGCGAAAGACCCUGAAAGACCUGCUGGACAGAGGAUUCAUCCGAGCGACGCGACCGAUACCCACUGCCCUCAUCGCGGAGACCCUGCAGAAUCUGGCCAAGGCUAAGUGGUUCACCAAGUUGGACGUGGUGGCCGCUUUCCAUAAGAUCCGCAUGGCUCCGGGACAUGAGGGAAAGACUGCAUUUCGCACGAGGUUUGGGCUCUACGAGUGGCUCGUGUGCCCUUUCGGCCUGAGCGGCGCCCCGGCAUCAUUCCAACGAUACAUGAACAGUGUAUUGCGCGAAUGGCUGGACGACUUUGUCACAGCGUACCUGGAUGAUGUACUGAUCUACUCGAGCGGUUCGAAGGCGGAUCAUGAGGCUAAGGUGCGACGAGUUCUCCAAGCACUCGCCGACGCUGGGCUGCACCUAGACCCAGCGAAGUGCGAGUUUUCGGUACAAGAGGUCAAAUACCUUGGCUUUCUGGGCUUCGCCAACUAUUACCGGAUCUUCAUCCCCGACUAUGCCAAGAUCACGCAGUCUCUGGAUGCCCUGCUUAAGAAAGGAACUGCCUUUCAUUGGGGACGAGCGGAGAACGAGGCGUUUCAGGAGCUGAAGCGACGAUUUUGCGAGUCACCGGUGCUCAAGCAGUGGGACCCGAGCCUCCCGACCUUUUUGGAGACGGAUUGCUCAGGCUACGCAUUGGGAGGCGUCCUGUCGCAGGAAGGCCCAGAUGGACGUCGACACGCAUGCGCCUUCUUCUCGAAGCGACUUUCGCCAGCGGAGUACAACUAUCCCAUUCACGACAAGGAGAUGCUUGCCAUCAUGAGAUGUCUCGACAACUGGAACGCCGAACUUAGGAGCUGCGGCCCAUUUACAAUCCUUACCGAUCACCGCAACCUGGAGUAUUUCAUGACACGCCAGAAGCUCACGGAACGGCAGAGCCGUUGGGCAGCCGAAUUGUCCCAGUUCGACUUCAAGCUCGAGUAUCGACCGGGAAGCGAGGCUGUCGUGCCUGAUGCGUUGUCCCGCCGUGAACAAGACAAGCCACAGGGCAUUGACGACGAGCGGGAACAAGGAAGAAUGAUACAGUUGAUACCGGAUAGUGCCAUUCCAUCAUCGACAAGAGCAUGUAUCAACGCGAUGAGUUCUGACUGUUCAGAGGCAUCCACCCUGCCGAAGAUGAAGGUCUUCGAGGUAGCGGACCUGCAGCAACUCUGGGACGAAACGGUGGCGAAGGACUCGAUAUUCCGGGCAGCCUAUAAGGCAGUCCGCGAUCGCGAGCGUGCCUUCCCGCCCUCGCUGGGCCUGAAGAUCCAGAUUUCAGAAUGUGCGAUCGACGCAGGCAAAGGCUGA